CUUCCCAUCUGGCUGCGAAGAAUAGGCAGCUACCCCGCUUUCAACUCCGAAUCUCUUAGCUGUGUCGAGGAACACAAACUCGGCCCAACUUGAGCCCGAAACAGACAGCCAGUCGUGCCAGACCGCGUUGCUCGCCAUGAACAAUUUCAUGGCCACUUUUUCACAUUCGAGUCGAACAACAGGCUGCGCCUAAGCCAGCCACAACCAAACAGGUCUUUUAGACACUUGGAGUUAGGCCAGUGGGUGCAUGCAUCAGGCAGGAAGCGUGUCAGCAAUUUCCGCAGGACAUUGAGCACACUUGCGGCUCGGCUUUUUGCUUUUGCUUUGCUAGCCUUAUCUACCUGCCCUAACUUUGGUAUGUUGUUUAGUCGCGAGAAUCGACUGACACUUCCAUAUUUCAUGCUUCCUCCGUACCUUCCUACCCCAUUUUGGUAUCACAAAAAAUGAACUAUAUUCUGAGCUUCGUCGGCAGUGGCCCGGACGAGAAGCCUUCACCGAAGAGGUCAUCGCGGCCUCGUACACCUCCACGAAGGUCGCCAUCCCGCAGGAUAUCACCCUAUACCACCAGGAGAGCCAUGGCCGAACCAGGCUCUGGGUCAGGAUUGGGAAGUGGACGGGGACAGGCGCCAGCCCCUCCUGGUUUCAACUCGCAACAGUCCCCGACCGGGUCUUCCAGCCCGCCACCACCAAACUCACGCGAGGCACUCAGGGAGGUAGCCCGGGAGACCCAAGACGUGGUCAGAAGCGUCCUAAACCAGCUCGGCACGACCGACAAGGCGCAAUUCUCGACCCAGCACAACCUCGACACCCUCGGCCGCCUCAACCCCUUCUUCUGCCCGGCCUUCACCACCCCCACCAAAAUCCAAGUCCUCAACGAAGACACCCUCAACGCCGGCCUGGCCCUCCUCCCGGACAGCAGCAACCAAGACCCGCGCCACGACAACCCGCACCCCUUAGUCGUCAACUUUGCGCGCCACGACAAGCCCGGCGGCGGGUGGCUCAACGGCGCGCUGGCACAAGAAGAAACCCUCUGCUACCGCUCCUCGCUCUGGAAGGCCCUGCCCUACACGGCGCAGCACCCCCUCCCGCGCGGCGCCGCCGUCUACAGCCCCUACGUCAUCGUCGUGCGCGACGACCUCGCCCGCGGCGGCCACCGCCUCCUGCCGGGUAUCAAACCCUUGACCGCGCCGCCGCCGCUGCUGAGCGUGGUUAGCAUUGCCGCGCUGCGCAACCCGCGCACGCAGACUUUCCGUCUGGCUGAUGGUGUUACGCGCAAGACGGUGUUUCGGUCGGAUGAUGACCGGGAUAUGACGAAGAGGAAUAUGCGCCUUGUGCUGCGCAUUGCCGCGCAUAAUAGGCACAGGCAUCUGGUGCUGGGCGCGCUGGGGUGUGGGGUGUAUGCGAACCCGCCUGAGGAUGUGGCGCACUGUUGGUUGGAGGUGUUGCGGGAGGAUGAGUUUUCGGGUGGGUGGUGGCGACAGAUUUGCUUUGCGGUGUUUGAUCCGAGGGGGGAUGGGAAUUAUGAGGUGUUUAGGAGGGUUUUGCAGGAUCAGAAAGUGUGAGUGUGUCUAUGUCUUGUGGCUCUUGUUGAGGGGAUGUGGGAUGGUGAUGACAGGGCGGAGGGGGGAUGUGGCGGAGGGUUUGGGAGGGAAUAUGCGCCG